UGUAUGUGAUUUUGCUGUAUUAAGCAAGGCAUUUCAUUUAGGCUGACAUGGGAAAAAAUCAUUCUGUUUGGAUCUUCAUCAUUGCUUUAGCCUUUGACCUUCUCAACUGUAUUAAAGGGUCAGCUUCCCAGCAGACCUCCCGCUUCUCUGCUUAUGAGGUGACCGUACCAAAACGCAUAGCAAGACAGAGGAGAGACCUGGAUACCCAAGACACAGGGGAGGUGGUUUACACCAUCCAAGCCCAGGGCAAGGAGCAUGUUGUUAUUCUGGAGAGGAACAAGGUCCUACUUCCCAGGGAUUUCACUGUUUACACAUAUGAUACAGAUGGCUCACUCAUCACUAAGAGACCUGACAUGCAGAAUCACUGCCACUACAGAGGCCAUGUGGAGGGCGUUGAGUUUUCAUCUGCGUCUGUCAGCCUCUGUUCUGGGCUCAGUGGGUUUUUGACGGUAGGGAACGCUACAUUAGGGAUUGAGCCUCUGGAGGGCUCCUCUGGCUUUGAGCACGUGGUCUACCACUUGGAGGAUGAGGAGACGGAACCUGCCACCUGUGGAACCCCCCACACCCAUCACCCUAGCGACAGUGACAUCUCCUUCAAAGCCCAGACCAUUCACUCUCACGGUGGUGUAUCUGGGGACCCUGUCAGUCAUUUACUCAGAAGGAGGCGAGCUGUUAUGCUGCAGACUCACUAUGUGGAGUUGAUAAUAGUGGUGGAUUACAAUGGAUUCAAAGUCAUGAAUAAUGAAACCCGGGUUCAAGACCAGAUGAUACAAGUUGCAAAUCGUCUAGACAGUUGGUAUACGCCGUUGAACAUCCGUGUGGUGUUGGUGGGCUUGGAGAUCUGGACGGCAGGAAACCUCAUCGAGGUGGACAACAAGGCUGGGGGCGUGCUGGGGCGAUUCAGGGACUGGAGGCAACAGAAUCUGCUGCCCCGCCAUCGGCAUGAUGUCGGCCAAUUUGUUGUGAAACAACAUUUCGGAAAUAUCGGAGGGCUGGCCUACCUUUCUACUGUCUGCAGUCAGUCGAGUGCUGCAAUAAACAUUUACGGGAGAGUGGGCUACCUCUCAGACAUUAUGGCCCAUGAAUUAGGCCACAACCUGGGUAUGGAUCACGAUCAUACAGGCUGCCACUGCCCAGCCAAAAGCUGCAAAAUGGGUCGCAAAGGCUCGUGUGGAGACUCAUGUGUUAACAUUGUUUUCAGCGACUGCAGCGCUGAUAGCUUUGAAAAAUUGAUGCUCAGAAUGGGCAAACGUAACUGUCUCCUCAACGUGCCACACCCACACAAGACCUACCGUAAGCCCGACUGUGGUAACAAGCUGCUGGACCCAGGGGAGGAGUGUGACUGUGGCUCGGAGGAGGAGUGCCAGGAAGACCCGUGCUGUGAGCCAAACACCUGUAAGCUGAAGUCCGGGGCUCAGUGUGCCGAUGGGGAAUGCUGCAGGAACUGUAAAUUCCUGCCAGGUGGUUAUGAGUGCCGCAGUCAGUCAGAUGAGUGUGACCUUCCGGAGUACUGCAACGGAUCGUCUUCUGACUGCCAGGCUGAUGUCUUUGUGCAGGACGGACAUCUCUGUAGGAACAACCAAUCAUAUUGCUACAAUGGCAAAUGCCAACACCAUGACACCCAAUGCCAGGCCCUGUUUGGUUCCAAGGCAAAGUCUGCAGCAGACGAGUGCUAUGAAUUUGUGAACUCCAAGGGGGACCGCUUUGGAAACUGUGGUGGCUACCGGAAGUGCAGCGCCAGGGAUGCCAAGUGUGGGAAGCUGCAGUGUGACAAUGUGAACUUGGACCUGUUUGACACGGAGCCCUCCAUCAUCUCAACCACCAUCGGUCAAAACAAGUGCUGGGGGGUGGACUUCUUAAUGGGGCCUGACGUGUUGGAUCCAGGAAUGGUGAACGACGGAACAAAAUGUGGAGAAGACAAGGUGUGUAUGAAUAAUAAGUGCCAGGAUGCGUCAGUGCUCAAACCUGACUGUGACAUGAAGGACAAAUGCCAUGGCCAUGGGGUUUGUAACAACAAUAAGAACUGCCACUGUGAUUACGGAUGGGCUCCACCAUUCUGUAAGGAGGAGGGUUAUGGAGGCAGCAUCGAUAGCGGCCCAGCGUGGAACGAUAAAGACAAGGACGUCAGGGAUGGUUUGCUGAUCUAUUUCUUCCUAGUUCUACCUCUGCUCCUGCUGGGUAUGACUGUGUUUAUUGGUUGGAACCAGCUGCAGCAGCACCUCUGCAAGAACAGGACUGAAUCUGGACAGCUGCAGACCAAAAAUCAAAAUCCAGCCUCUCCAGCAGUAAACCCGGCUACUACACAUGGAGUUGUUCAGCCCUCAAUGCCGGCCUUUGUGCUUUGUUACGGAAGUUCGGACCCGCAAUCACAAUACAAACCCCAUACUGUAGCAACACACGUGAGGCCUCAGCGACUUCCUCUUCCUCCUCCUCCUCCUCGUGUAAAGUACUAGGCAAGGCGAAGAUGUCUGUCUACAGAAAUGCUGUUGUGGGUAUAUGAAGGAGUCCGGCUCCAGCGGUUUGCAGUGAAAGAUUAUGUCAAAGAUAACACAGAGCAUCAUAUUCUAUUUGGGGAGAACAACUCCCUCACACAAAUGACUGUGGUUCUUGUCACUUUAUUAUUAUUAUUAUUAUUAUUAUUAUUUUUUCGGUUUAUUUUCAAAUCCUGUAUAAAAUAAAGUGAU